CAGGCGCGGGGCGGGGCGGCCGAGCCAUGGCGGACGAGGGCCCGCGGAAGGGCAGCGUCUCGGCGCUCGUGGGCCGCACCAACGGCCUCACCAAGCCCGCGGCGCUGGCGGGGGGCGCAGCCAAGCCGGGGGGCGCGGGCGGCUCCAGGAAGCUGGUCAUCAAGAACUUCCGAGACAGGCCGCGGCUGCCCGACAACUACACGCAGGACACGUGGCAGAAGCUGCACGAGGCGGUGCGGGCCAUCCAGAGCAGCACGUCCAUCAGGUACAACCUGGAGGAGCUGUACCAGGCCGUGGAAAACCUGUGCUCUCACAGAGCCUCACCGAUGCUCUACAGGCAGCUGCGCCAGGCCUGCGAGGACUACGUCCAGACCCAGACCCCCCCGCUCAGAGAAGACUCCCUUGACAGCAUCUUGUUCUUGAAGAAGAUCAACACAUGCUGGCAAGACCACUGCAGACAGAUGAUCAUGGUCAGGAGCAUCUUCCUGUUUCUAGACCGCACGUACGUCCUGCAGAACUCCAUGCUCCCUUCCAUCUGGGACAUGGGGCUAGAGCUGUUUAGAAACCACAUCAUCAGCGACAAGAUGGUUCAGAGCAAGACCAUCGACGGAAUCCUGCUGCUAAUCGAGCGGGAGCGGAGUGGGGAGGCUGUGGACAGGAGCCUGCUGCGCAGCCUGCUGAGCAUGCUCUCGGACCUCCAGGUAUAUAAAGACUCAUUUGAAGUGAAGUUUUUGGAAGAAACCAACUGUUUAUAUGCUGCAGAAGGCCAAAGACUGAUGCAGGAACGCGAGGUUCCAGAAUACCUUAACCACGUGAGCAAGCGUCUGGAGGAAGAGGGGGACCGCGUCAUCACAUACCUGGACCACAGCACACAGAAACCACUGAUUGCUUGUGUGGAGAAACAGCUAUUAGGAGAACAUUUGACUGCAAUUCUACAGAAAGGGCUGGACAACCUGCUGGACGAGAACCGGGUGCCUGACCUCACACAGAUGUACCAGCUCUUCAGCCGGGUGCGCGGCGGGCAGCAGGCACUGCUGCUGCACUGGAGCGAGUACAUCAAGACCUUUGGGACGACGAUUGUCAUCAACCCUGAGAAAGAUAAAGACAUGGUCCAGGACCUGCUAGAGUUCAAGGACAGGGUGGACCACGUGGUGGAGGUGUGCUUCCAGAGGAACGAGCGUUUCGUCCACCUGAUGAAGGAGUCCUUUGAGACCUUCAUCAACAAGAGGCCCAACAAGCCUGCGGAGCUGAUCGCCAAGCAUGUCGACUCCAAGUUACGAGCAGGCAACAAGGAAGCAACCGACGAGGAGCUGGAGCGGAUCCUGGACAAGAUCAUGAUCCUGUUCAGGUUCAUCCAUGGUAAAGAUGUAUUUGAAGCAUUUUAUAAGAAAGAUUUGGCGAAAAGACUCCUUGUUGGGAAAAGUGCCUCGGUCGAUGCAGAAAAGUCCAUGCUGUCCAAACUGAAGCACGAGUGCGGGGCCGCCUUCACCAGCAAGCUGGAGGGCAUGUUCAAGGACAUGGAGCUUUCCAAAGACAUCAUGGUUCACUUCAAGCAGCACAUGCAGAACCAGAGUGCGCCGGGCCCCAUCGACCUCACGGUGAACAUCCUCACCAUGGGCUACUGGCCCACGUACACGCCCAUGGAGGUGCACCUGCCCCCCGAGAUGGUCAGGCUGCAGGAGGUGUUCAAGACCUUCUACCUGGGGAAGCACAGCGGCCGGAAGCUCCAGUGGCAGACAACGCUAGGCCACGCCGUCCUGAAGGCAGAAUUUAAGGAGGGGAAGAAGGAGUUCCAGGUGUCCCUCUUCCAGACGCUGGUGCUGCUUAUGUUCAACGAGGGGGACGGCUUCAGCUUCGAGGAUAUCAGAAUGGCCACAGGGAUAGAGGACAGUGAGCUGAGACGGACGCUGCAGUCGCUGGCCUGCGGGAAAGCACGGGUCCUGAUUAAGAGCCCAAAAGGGAAGGAGGUGGAAGAUGGGGACAAGUUCAUCUUCAACGGCGAUUUCAAGCACAAGUUAUUCCGGAUAAAGAUCAACCAGAUUCAGAUGAAAGAAACCGUUGAAGAACAAGUUAGCACUACAGAGCGAGUGUUCCAGGAUAGGCAAUACCAGAUUGAUGCUGCUAUAGUCAGGAUAAUGAAGAUGAGGAAGACACUGGGUCAUAACCUCCUGGUCUCUGAACUGUACAAUCAGCUCAAGUUUCCAGUGAAGCCUGGCGACUUGAAGAAGAGGAUAGAGUCCCUCAUAGACAGGGACUACAUGGAGCGCGACAAGGACAGCCCCAAUCAGUACCACUACGUGGCGUGAGGGCCGCGCCUGCUGUCUCUGGGAAGCAGACACGAGCACCGGCGGCUGGCACAGCAGGGCCACCGAGCCACCAGGCCCAUUGCGGCACCAGCGGGCACUCGGACUGGACGGCAAGGACGUGAUUCUUGGGUCACCCUUCCCACGCUUGAGGAUUUUCGGAUGCCACGUGUAUCUUUCCCCUCCAGUUCUCCCUCUAGUUCUUUUAGGCAUUUGCAUUGUUUCUGUUGCUCUGUGCAAAACACCUUCGAGGCUGGACGCGAAGACGUCGGUUAGCAGAGUCCAUCCCGGUCUGGUCCGUGGUGUGAGAUGGCGCGCGCGGGCUCGACGGGAAGAGCCUCGGUGCUGCGUUCGGAGACAGGCGCAAGCCGAGCCCUCGCUGGCGGACGUGGGAAGAAGCUGGCGUCCACGCUGGCCACGAUUGCACAUCCUGCGCCCCGGCCUCUUUGUGUCCGCGUUCCUCCGAGUUUGGCCCUUGGUGACCGGUGUUCUGUAAUCAAGUUUCUAGGUGAACCCCGUGUGCCAAGAGGACCUGUCCCCGAUGUACUCCUCAGAGCCGUCGCCUGCCGCACACAGCGCGCUCCGCCCACCCAGCCGAGCCUCCUGUGCGUGUCUGUGGACGGGGCCACAUCCGUGUGUCCGGCUUCCGUGCUGAGACUGAGGCUGGCAGCCCCUGUUCUGGCCCGGGGUCACUGCUGUUUGAUUUUAACUGCGGUAUUUGUGUGAUUGCCACAAUAAAGUCUGGUUUGGUUUCCCAGUCCUGCGCAGGCACUGUUCUUGCUCUCUGCCUGUGCUGCCCAGAGUGGGGUUUCUGCAGGAGGCGCACGGCCUCGGCACCUGACGGCGCCCGCAGGUUACUGCGUCAGCACCGGAGGGUUGUGCCCUGUGCCCUGUGCCCUGUGCCCUGCCCGGGGAGGUUGGACAGGAAACAAGUUCAGUGGUGAUGUUAGGACGGUGGCGAUGACAAAGAUACUCUCGUGGUGACAUUUGAAAGUACUUUAUAUUUUGCAAAACAGCAUGUUUCAUUUUGAUGAAAAGCUACCAAAGGAAUUUUGAUCAUGAUAUAAGUGUUAAAAGCAAUAUUUUCUGGAAUAUACCAAGUUUAUAUAAUUUGAUUUUAUGCUAAAUUAUCAAAGAAUUCUCCCUUUUUGAAACAUGCAUGUUCAAAAUAUGCUGUCUUUUGGGUUCCCAUAUGAAAAUCCUUACUCUUUACGUAUCAUCCUUUCUAUAUUUGUAAAUUUUCAUUUAUGAGUUCUACGAUAUGUGGUCUAUGAAAGACCAAAUAGAUUUCUAUUUCUUACAUUUUAAGUUCCUUGUGUCUAGAGAUUAAUAUUGUAAUUUAAUAUAGACUUACUUUGAAUAAAACUAGUUAAGUUGGCCUUAAAACUACAUUAAUAAAAAUUUUUUGGUAUGCAAAC